UUUUCUAUGUGAGUAGAUAUGACGCUGGCUACCUAACUCGAUAACCAGUUAUUAACUCUAUAAAGUCAGCAGUGAGAUGGUGGUUUUAUAGAUGGUUUUGUGCCUUUAAGGCCGCCUGUUCAUUACGAGUUGGUUUCAAAUGACGCCAACCUUUCAUUUUUAUCUCAAUGACCUCAUCCUCUACGGUUGAAGUUUACUAACCAGCGAAUAUUUUUCAUCUCAUUUAUUUUUGGUAGUUUUCUUCUUGUUUUACUCUCCGUUAAACCGAGUUUUACAACAACUUUAACUCGAUAAUAGAUGUCGGUGAUGUUGAAAGGCGCUUUCUGACAGCGACUUCUCUAACGGCUGAUCAGCUCUACAAUAUAAAUGGAGGAGUGAGGUUCAUGAUGAUGUAAUCGUCAGCCAGACCACGAGAAAAGCCUUCCUUUGUUCCGCUCCUGCAAUGGUGUGAAAGAGACCGCCCCUCCCCCUCCUCACACACACACACACACACACACACAUGAACACACGUACACACACACACACACACACACACACACACACACACACAUGAACACACGUUCACACACACAUGAACACACAUGAACACUGGUUCACACAAACAGAGGCACAAGAAGGAUAGUGGGGUUUAGGUUUUUAGUCCUUUAGGGCCAGAGAGAGGCGUCUCUCUCUCCUCCCUCUCUCUCCUCCCUCUCUCUCUCUCUCUCUCUGUUUCUCUGUCUCUCUCUCUCUCUCUCUCUCUCUCUCUCUCUCUCUCUCUCCUCCCUCUCUCUCUCUCUCUGUCUCUCUGUCUCUCUCUCUCUCUGUUUCUCUAUCUCUCUCCCCCUCUCUGUCUCUCUCUCUCUCUCUCUCUCUCUCUCUCUCUCUGUCUCUCUCUCUCUCUCUCUGUUUCACUAUCUCUCUCUCUCUCUCUCUCUCCUCCCUCUCUCUCUGUCUCUCUCUCUGUCUCUCUCUCUCUCUCUCUGUUUCUCUCUCUCUCUCCCCCUCUCUCCCCCUCUCUGUCUCUCUCUCUCUCUCUCUCUGGGCUGUGCUGCCAAGCUCCAUCAGGAUGCCGUCAUACUCAGCCUACACAAUGGGUCUGUUCAUCUCCUGAGGGCUUCGUCGUGUCACUGGACCGCUAGCCCGCCUAAGGGGAAGAGGAGGAGGGAGGAAGAGGAGGAGGAGGGGCUGUGAGAAAGGGAUUAAUAAGGUGUCGUCAUGUCGGAACGUCCCGUGGGCAUGGGAGUGGGAGUGGGAGCCUGCACUGGAGCUGAGACCGGAGGGACUGGUUUUGGGACUGCAGCCGGAGCUCAUGGAGCUGGAGGGGUUGGGAUUGGACCUGGGGUGGGGAACGGACCCCGAGCUGGGACUGGAGUCAAAGGUUCAGGGCCUGUAUCAGGCGCGGCAUCCGAGACCAGACCGGGCUCGGUGCGUCCCAUCAGGGCCGAAGGGCUGGUUGCCCUGCUGGAGGGGGGUCUGGACAGCGUGUUGUUGAUUGACAGCCGGCCCUUCGUAGAAUAUAACUCCUCCCACAUCCUGGAGGCGGUCAAUGUGAACUGUUCUAAACUGAUGAAGAGGAGACUGCAGCAGGACAAGGUCCAGAUCAACGAACUGCUGCAGCACUCUGCCAAGAAGAAGUUGGAGCUAGUGGGCGGUCAGGAGGUGGUGGUGUAUGACCAGAGUUCAUCUGACCCCUUGACCCUUCCCUCGGAGGCCUUCCUUACCGUCCUAUUGGCCAAGCUGGAGAGGAGCUUCCCUUCCGUACACCUGCUCUCAGGUGGUUUCUCAGCAUUUUCCCAGCUGUUUCCAGGUCUGUGUGAAGGUAAGGCUCUUUUGGCCGCGUCCUGCCUGGUCCCCACCUGCCUCUCUCAGCCCUGCCUGCCCCUCAACACCUCUGGGCCAACACGUAUCCUGCCUCACCUUUACCUGGGCUGUCAGAGAGACGUACUCAACAUGGAAGUGAUGCAGCAGAAUGAGAUAGCGUACGUCCUGAAUGCCAGUAACACAUGUCCCAAACCAGACUACAUCGCUGAGUCUCACUUCCUGCGAGUCCCUGUCAACGACAGCUUCUGUGAGAAGAUCCUCCCCUGGUUGGACAGAUCGGUAGAGUUCAUAGAGAAGGCCAAAGCCUCCGACGCCUGUGUGCUGGUCCACUGUCUGGCUGGUAUCUCCCGCUCGGCAACCAUCGCUAUCGCUUACAUCAUGACGAGGAUGGACAUGUCACUAGACGAAGCUUACAGGUUCGUGAAGGAGAAGAGGCCCACCAUCUCUCCUAACUUCAACUUCCUGGGUCAGCUGCUGGACUUUGAGAAGAAGAUCAAGACUCCUGGAAGGUCGGAGAUCAGAGAGACCAUCGGGGUCAAACCCUGUCCCCUCCUCCACCCCCCACUAGAGCAGGACCCCCCUAACCCUACCCCCAGCCUGCCAGACCCUGCCCUGGCCCUGCUGGAGCCCCUGACCCUGCCGUGUGUCCUGACCCCCUGGCCUCCAGAGGAGAGGCUCCUGGCCCAGGCUCUCCAGGGGCUCCAGCUGGACCAGGGGACGGAGGACAGCGCUGCCCGGCUGAAAAGGUCCUUCUCUCUGGACAUCAAGUCGUACGGGGAGACAGGAGGCAGCAGCAGCGCCCCCGUGAGGCCGUACCCCCACCCUACAUCCCACCCCGGAGCCCAGGAGUAUUAUAAUCCAUCCGGGAGCUUCAAGGAGCCUGCUGGGAAACCGUGUCAGUUCUCUCCCGUGAAGGAGAUGUCGGAGCAGUCUACACCGGAGCCGAGCCCUGACAAGGAGCAGGACGACGGUCCCGCAGACCCUGCUGCUACGUCUGCUGCUCCUGUAGUCUCCACCACGAGCAGCACCACUACCAGUAUGACCACCUCCAACCAGCCCAGCAUGAAGCAGCCCAGCCAGGCUACGCCUCCUCCGCCGCCCCUCUCCUGUUCCCAGCCGCUCCACCGUAGCGGCAGUAUGGAGGAGAGCUCUAACCCCACCCCUAACCACACUCCUCACACCACCGGCUUCCUGUUCGGCCUAUCACGUUCCCAGCAGCACCUGUCCAAGCCCGCCCCUAACCUAGGCUCCGCCCUGAAGGGCUGGCACUCCGACAUCCUAUUGGGUCCCGUCACUGUGUCGUCGGGGGGAUGGUACCUCUCCGAGUCGCACCGCUUCUACUCCACCUCCGCCAUCUUAGGAGGCGGGGCCAACAUUCUCGGGGGUGGCAGCGUAGCGGCGUACAGCGUGAGUCAGGGGUUGGAGGAGGUGCGGCGGCGCGGGCGGCAGAGGAACGGCGACCGCGGGGACUCGCGGAGGAGCUGGCACGAGGAGAGCACCUUGGAGAAACAGCUGAAGAGAUGGAGCUGUCAGAUGGAACUGGGAGACAGGAUGAGAGGAGGAAGGGAGACGAGAUCCAGGGAAGAGAUGGGGAGUCACAGCAGCUUCUCAGGAAGCAUGGAGCUCAUAGAGGUGUCCUGAGAGGGACGUUCAAUAUGGCCUCCAGUCCGCACCCAUUACGGAAUCGUUGAUUUGAAUGGAGACGUCCGUUCUAGGGAGUAUAACAUCCCCAGAUCAGACCCGUGUUGAGGGGAAAGACUUGUUCUGCACCCGUCUUAUUAUCCCACUAGGGACUUGAACCUUGAACUGAUCUAAGCGGCUCUAUGUGUACUUGUGUCGCGACAGUUGGCAUUAAUGUAGUUUGAACUUUGACCUGGAAGCAGAAAGCAGCUGUGUGAUGAUGAUGAAUGUAAUGAAGAGGUGAACUCUGAGAGGACUGAGACAAACUGAGUCUUUUGUUUCAUUUAUUUCUGAUUGUUGAUGAUCGUCGUCAACAGCAGUAGAUGUCUGCCUGGCGUUGGAUACAUGGAGCUUUUAUGAAGCCUUAUGAAGUCUUUAUGAAGCGUUAUGAAGUCUUUAUGAGCCUUAUGAAGUCUUUAUGAAGCCUUAUGAAGUCUUUAUGAGCCUUGAGAAGUCUUUAUGAAGCCUUAUGAAGUCUUUAUGAGCCUUGAGAAGUCUUUAUGAAGCCUUAUGAAGUCUUUAUGAGCCUUAAGAAGUCUUUAUGAAGCCUUAAGAAGUCUUUAUGAGCCUUAUGAAGUCUUUAUGAAGCGUUAUGAAGUCUUUAUGAAGCCUUAUGAAGUCUUUAUGAGCCUUAUGAAGUCUUUAUGAAGCGUUAUGAAGUCUUUAUGAGUCUUAUGAAGUCUUUAUGAAGCCUUAAGAAGUCUUUAUGAGCCUUAUGAAGUCUUUAUGAAGCCUUAUGAAGUCUUUAUGAGCCUUAAGAAUUCUUUAUGAAGCUUUAAGAAUUCUUUAUGAAGUCUUAUGAAGUCUUUAUGAAGCCUUAUGAAGUCUUUAUGAAGCAUUAUGAAGUCUUUAUGAAGCCUUAAGACGUCUUUAUGAAGCCUUAAGAAGUCUUUAUGAAGCCUUAAGAAGUCUUUAUGAAGCCUUAAGAAGUCUUUAUGAAGCCUUAAGAAGUCUUUAUGAAGCCUUAAGAAGUCUUUAUGAAGCCUUAAGAAGUCUUUGUGAAGCAUUAUGAAGUCUUUAUGAAGCCUUAAGAAGUCUUUAUGAAGCGUUAUGAAGUCUUUAUGAAGCCUUAUGAAGUCUUUAUGAGCCUUAAGAAGUCUUUAUGAAGCCUUUAUGAAGCCUUAAGAAGUCUUUAUGAAGCGUUAUGAAGAACGAGACCAGAGAUCCUUGAUAUCCCUGUGUCAAAUCAUCCAAUACCUCACACAUCCAAAUUAGAGGCUUCUCCUGUUCCUCUGUCUUCUUCUGAUUGACAAUUCAAAUCUCAGGUCUUAUUUGAGCAGCAAGAAAAGAUGCUUGAACAACCGAACAGUUCCCGAACAGCUCCAGAACAGCUCCCGAACAGCUCCCGAACAGUUCCCGAACAGUUCCAGAACAGCUCCAGAACAGCUCCCGAACAGCUCCCGAACAGCUCCCGAACAGCUCCCGAACAGUUCCCGAACAGCUCCCGAACAGCUCCCGAACAGCUCCCGAACAGUUCCGAACAGCUCCCGAACAGCUCCCGAACAGCUCCCGAACAGUUCCCGAACAGUUCCCGAACAGCUCCCGAACAGCUCCCGAACAGUUCCCGAACAGCUCCCGAACAGCUCCCGAACAGCUCCCGAACAGCUCAGUUGGUAGAGCAUGGCGCUUGUACCCAAGGGUUGUAGGUUCGAUUCCCAGGGCCACCCAGACGUAAAAUGUAUGCACGCAUGACUGUAAAUCACUUUGGAUUAAAGCGCUAAACAUUAAAUAUUAUUAACGAACGGUGUGGUUGUGGGUUUUGUCUGAUAUGGUGUGGUAAAGGAAUGAUGUAAUGACUGAUACCUGUGGUAAAGGAAUGAUGUAAUGACUGAUACCUGUGGUAAAGGAAUGAUGUAAUGACUGAUACAUGUGGUAAAGGAAUGAUGUAAUGACUGAUACCUGUGGUAAAGGAAUGAUGUAAUGACUGAUACCUGUGGUAAAGGAAUGAUGUAAUGAUUGAUACCUGUGGUAAAGGAAUGAUGUAAUGACUGAUACCUGUGGUAAAGGAAUGAUGUAAUGACUGAUACCUGUGGUAAAGGAAUGAUGUAAUGACUGAUACCUGUGAUAAAGGAAUUAUGUAAUGAUUGAUACCUGUGGUAAAGGAAUGAUGUAAUGACUGAUACCUGUGAUAAAGGAAUUAUGUAAUGAUUGAUACCUGUGAUAAAGGAAUGAUGUAAUGACUGAUACCUGUGGUAAAGGAAUGAUGUAAUGAUUGAUACCUGUGGUAAAGGAAUGAUGUAAUGACUGAUACCUGUGGUAAAGGAAUGAUGUAAUGACUGAUACCUGUGGUAAAGGAAUGAUGUAAUGACUGAUACCUGUGGUAAAGGAAUGAUGUAAUGACUGAUACCUGUGGUAAAGGAAUUAUGUAAUGAUUGAUACCUGUGGUAAAGGAAUGAUGUAAUGACUGAUACCUGUGGUAAAGGAAUGAUGUAAUGAUUGAUACCUGUGGUAAAGGAAUGAUGUAAUGAUUGAUACCUGUGGUAAAGGAAUGAUGUAAUGACUGAUACCUGUGGUAAAGGAAUGAUGUAAUGACUGAUACCUGUGGUAAAGGAAUGAUGUAAUGACUGAUACCUGUGGAUACCUGUGGUAAAGGAAUGAUGUAAUGACUGAUACCUGUGGAUACCUGUGGUAAAGGAAUGAUGUAAUGACCUGAACCCUGACCUGAGACCAGUGGUCCUGAACUCUGACCUGAGACCAGUGGUCCUGAACCCUGACCUGAGACCAGUGGUCCUGACCCCUGACCUGAGACCAGUGGACCUGAACCCUGACCUGAGACCAGUGGUCCUGAACCCUGACCUGAGACCAGUGGUCCUGAACCCUGACCUGAACCCUGACCUCAGACCAGUGAUCCCAUCCCAGACCUGAGACCAGUGGACCUGAACUCUGACCUGAGACCAGUGGACCUGAACUCUGACCUGAGACCAGUGGACCUGAACUCUGACCUGAGACCAGUGGACCUGAACUCUGACCUGAGACCAGUGGUCCCAUCCCAGACCUGAGCCCUGACCUGAGACGUCUGUUCAGCUACCUCAGUGUGUGGACGUGUGUGAGAGAUGGUAGGUCUGUUAUGGGGUUGUGUUGCUGUGUCAGAAUAUAGCUAGUUUUACAACAGACAAUGUGGACUAAAGUCAGGGAUGGGACCACUGGUCUCAGGUCAGAGGUCAGGUCUGGGUCAGGACCACUGGUCUCAGGUCAGAGGUCAGGUCUGGGUCAGGACCACUGGUCUCAGGUCAGGGGUCAGGUCUGGGUCAGGACCACUGGUCUCAGGUCAGGGGUCAGGUCUGGGUCAGGACCACUGGUCUCAGGUCAGAGGUCAGGUCUGGGUCAGGACCACUGGUCUCAGGUCAGGGGUCAGGUCUGGGUCAGGACCACUGGUCUCAGGUCAGGGGUCAGGUCUGGGUCAGGACCACUGGUCUCAGGUCAGGGGUCAGGACCACUGGUCUCAGGUCAGGGGUCAGGUCUGGGUCAGGACCACUGGUCUCAGGUCAGAGGUCAGGUCUGGGUCAGGACCACUGGUCUCAGGUCAGGGGUCAGGUCUGGGUCAGGACCACUGGUCUCAGGUCAGGGGUCAGGUCUGGGUCAGGACCACUGGUCUCAGGUCAGGGGUCAGGUCUGGGUCAGGACCACUGGUCUCAGGUCAGGGGUCAGGACCACUGGUCUCAGGUCAGAGGUCAGGUCUGGGUCAGGACCACUGGUCUCAGGUCAGGGGUCAGGUCUGGGUCAGGACCACUGGUCUCAGGUCAGGGGUCAGGUCUGGGUCAGGACCACUGGUCUCAGGUCAGGGGUCAGGUCUGGGUCAGGACCACUGGUCUCAGGUCAGAGGUCAGGUCUGGGUCAGGACCACUGGUCUCAGGUCAGAGGUCAGGUCUGGGUGUGUGAGAGAUAUUAGGUCUGUUAUGGGGUUGUGUUGCUGUGUCAGAAUAUAGCUAGUUUUACAACAGACAAUGUGGACAUUUGGAUGAAGCUGAUGAGCAGUAGAUGUAUGUUGACUGUUGAAAUAAAAUCUGAAACGGUACAAAA